CCAAGCGGAGGAGAAAGAACAUGGCGGGCGUGGUGGGGCCCCGUGUGGGCCAGGGGGCAGCGGGCGGAGAUGGAGACGAUUCGCUCUACCCGAUCGCGGUAUUAAUCGACGAGCUGCGCAAUGAGGAUGUGCAGCUCCGUCUCAAUAGUAUUAAGAAAUUAUCAACAAUUGCUCUAGCACUUGGAGUAGAAAGGACGCGAACUGAACUGCUGCCUUUCCUUACAGAUACAAUUUAUGAUGAAGAUGAGGUACUGUUAGCUCUUGCUGAGCAGCUGGGAAAUUUCACUGGCCUGGUGGGAGGUCCUGACUUUGCCCACUGUUUGUUGCCUCCUCUGGAAAGUCUGGCGACCGUGGAAGAGACUGUGGUUCGAGACAAGGCUGUGGAGUCCCUGAGGCAGAUCUCCCAGGAGCACACUGCUGUGGCUCUGGAGGCUCACUUUGUCCCUCUGGUGAAACGCCUAGCGAGUGGGGAUUGGUUUACCUCUCGCACAUCUGCAUGUGGUUUGUUCAGCGUUUGCUAUCCCAGGGCUUCAAAUGCUGUCAAAGCAGAAAUCAGACAGCACUUCCGUUCCUUGUGCUCAGAUGACACACCAAUGGUACGACGUGCUGCUGCUUCCAAAUUGGGUGAAUUUGCAAAAGUUUUGGAAUUAGACAGUGUGAAAAGUGAAAUUGUUCCAUUGUUCACUAAUCUAGCUUCCGAUGAGCAGGAUUCAGUGCGCCUCCUAGCUGUGGAAGCUUGUGUCAAUAUUGCUCAGUUACUUUCUGAGGAUGACCUUGAGGCUUUGGUGAUGCCUACACUUGGACAAGCAGCAGAAGAUAAAUCUUGGCGAGUUCGCUAUAUGGUAGCUGACAAAUUUUCAGAGCUCCAGAAAGCUGUGGGUCCCAAAAUCACCCUAAAUGACCUCAUCCCCGCCUUUCAGAACCUACUCAAAGACUGUGAAGCUGAAGUCCGAGCAGCUGCUGCCCAUAAAGUAAAAGAACUUUGUGAGAACUUGCCCAUGGAAGGUAGAGAGACCAUAAUUAUGAAUCAGAUUCUGCCCUAUAUAAAGGAAUUAGUAUCUGAUACAAAUCAACAUGUCAAGUCGGCUCUAGCUUCUGUAAUUAUGGGAUUGUCUACGAUUUUGGGCAAAGGGAAUACCAUUGAACAUCUUCUACCUCUUUUUUUAGCUCAGUUAAAGGAUGAGUGUCCUGAAGUUCGUUUGAACAUCAUCUCCAAUUUGGAUUGUGUAAAUGAAGUGAUUGGAAUCCGGCAGCUCUCUCAAUCACUCCUUCCUGCCAUAGUGGAGCUGGCUGAAGAUGCCAAAUGGAGGGUCCGGCUGGCCAUCAUUGAGUAUAUGCCACUGCUGGCAGGCCAGCUGGGUGUGGAAUUCUUUGAUGAGAAGCUGAAUUCUUUAUGUAUGGCCUGGCUUGUGGACCAUGUGUACGCCAUCCGUGAAGCUGCCACCAACGGCCUCGUGAAACUAGUGCAGAAGUUUGGUAAAGAGUGGGCCCAAAAUACCAUCGUUCCCAAAGUGUUAGUAAUGGCAAAUGAUCCUAAUUACCUGCACAGAAUGACCACUCUAUUCUGCAUUAAUGCGCUGUCUGAAGCCUGUGGUCAGGAAAUAACCACCAAGCAGAUGCUGCCUGUUGUAUUGAAAAUGGCAGGAGACCAAGUAGCAAAUGUCCGAUUCAAUGUGGCCAAAUCGCUGCAGAAAAUUGGACCAAUUCUAGAUACCGAUGCUUUGCAGGAGGAAGUUAAGCCGGUGCUACAGAAGCUAGGCCAAGAUGAAGACGUGGAUGUCAAGUACUUUGCACAGGAAGCUAUAAGUGUGCUUGCAUUGGCAUAACGAAGAACAGGAGGGGAAAGACUUUACUAAAUUCUUAUCACAGAUUUCUAGUCCAUGUGUUCUUGAACUGGGUGGAGAGAAAAAAUGGAAAACCUUCAAGACCUCAUCUGAACAAAUGGCAACAACUAAGAAGAAAUCAAAUUUCAAUGACUCGAUUCUUUCUAAAGAUUGUUUUUUACUUGUCUUCCUUGUUGGGAUAAUUAUAUUUUAACUGUUCUUAUUGUUUGUUACCAAUUUCUGACACUUGCACGGUCAUUUCUUGGUUGUCUCCUAAUGAUUUAUUUAGCACCAUCUGAUCUCCUGCAUCCUCAUUGUUUAAUCAGGCCCCGGCCACUUAAUAUUCCACCAAGCCUGGACAGGUUUGGACCCAGAUGUGGAACAGAGUGAUCCUUUUGAUGUUUAUAUGUAUCUGUGUGUCUCCAUCAUUCCAAAGUGAAAUAUACAUGGUUUAGAAUAACUUAUUUGAUAAGCACUCCGCUUGGGAGACACAUUGAGGUUUAACUGUAGUGAGAGCCAUGCUUUCCUGGGUAGUGAUGGUCUGCCUCAGUGUCUCACCUGAAAGGGGAAUGUGGAAGCUCAGGGUUCAUGUAUUGGUUGUUUUGGUUCUUCUUUGCUCGAUUUUGACUGUAAUCAUGUCAUUCAGAAACCUGAAGUGCAGACGCAUCUUGCUGCUAAUGUGUCAUGUUGAAACCUAACUCAUUUUCCACAGCUCCCCACUGUGACUGCGUUCAAAAAUACUCUUUCCCGCUGAGAAACUUAAAAUCUAGUGCCUCCUAAUAAGCAGUGGUUCUACUGUUUGACUGUAAGAUUGCAGUUGUAUUUCUAAUGAGUAAAGGAACCACUGGUAUAAUCCACUGUGAGGAUUUCCUGCUCUUUACGUGGUUCUCCUUCCGGCUGUGUGAACAUUUGGUCCUUGCUACAUUGUACAGUAGUAGCUUUCGAAACUGAAGUUUCAUUACUAAUUUUUUGGUAUAGGUGAUGCUGGAAUCUUAUCAUUUGAAAUGUUUGUUUUUCUACUUUUACAGUAAAACCUCAUUGGUUCCUCCUGGAAUUGAAGAUAAUGAGUUAAGCUGAAGGGUUUGCUGAAGCAAAUUAAUAGUAUGUGAGGAAGCCUGUUGGGUCUGAACUACUCAAACAAUUUUAACGCUCCUUAAAAAGCACCCUUUUACCACUUGAUAUUGCUAGUUACUAAUCACUCUUUUCAAUUAUAUUAAAAGACCUUCCGUGAGGAUCUUUGUGAGGGCACACCUUUAUUUAGACGCAUUCAAUUUACUCUUUAUCUCUGAUAUAUAUACAUAUGUAUUUAAUGGAUAAUUUAAAUAUUUUUUCUUUAAAAUUUAUGAACAUUUUUCACCUGAUCAAACUCAACUUGUCUCUAAUGCAUUUUUAAUUAAUGAGGUUUUACUGUAGCUUAUUUUUCUCUCAGUGCAUCUCGCUAUGUAGUUUGCUUGUUUCCGUUUUGGUUUUCAGACUGUUUUCUUUCAUUCACAGUCUCUUAAACCCAGCGAGCCCUGUUCUGUUUUAUGAAGGUCCAAAGACUCCUAGAAAACUUUGUACAUUAAACCAUUUCAUAAAACCAAGUUUGACCAAAUACUUUCAAGUUUGUCUUACCUUGGAAAAACAGAACUUUUAAAAUCAGAAUUACCUGCCUGCAUUUAAAACUGCCAAGCUAGUUUAUAGUAUGUUUCUAUUUUAUUACUUUUGGGCUAAGGAUUAAAUACUUUGCUAGGCAAUAAUCUCUUCUACAUUCUCAUUUUAACAUCUUAAACUAUUAUGCUGUAAACAAUUUUAGUUUCAUGGUUCUUUUUGUUUUUUUUAUUAUCUGCAGGUUUUGUUUGUCUUCAUUGAAUUUCAUAUUUGAGAGACUGUUGUCUUGAUUGAAACAAAUUUGCACAACCAUUGCUUUCCUCUGGUUGGAAAUGCCAUUGGUUUUGGGAUAGACUUUUAAAUGGCCUAGUGGACCCCCCGGGGAGCUCUGUGCAUUGACCUCUACCCUAAAACUGUGGUAAAGGGUAGACAGCAAGCCCUUGCUUUCUCAGGCUGGGUCAGGGAGCUCAGCAGGGCCCUAUCUUUUUGGGUGACCCCAAAGGGACUUCAUUGUUUCUUUCUGACUUAAACAAUAGGGAAUCCCUUUGGUUACUCCUCAGAAGAAUUGUUCUUUGGCUCAUAGCUUUGUCAUUUUCUCCAUGGAUUAGUUUUCUUGUCUUGAUUUCACUGGAAUGUAAGCUCCAGGAGCUCUGCAAGGGCUGGGAUUUUUGUCUAUUUUGUCUUCUGCUGUAUCUGUAGCACCAGCACCUAGAUCAGUGUCUGGUGUACAUAGUAGGUGCUCAAUAAAAAUAUGUUCAGUUAAUUUCUAAAA